AACAUCCAAUUCCUUUAAUUUCAAUAACCUGAAACUUGUCUCGAUAAAACAUUAAAUCUCAAACGAAACCCAAUUUGCAAAUUUCCUUGUUGAUACCAGAACUCAAUUCACAACAUGAAUCCUAAAAAGUCUAUCUGGAAGUCAAGUGUGAAUUAUUGGGUCUUCUGAUUAAAGUGACAUUAAAGUUUCUGGUGAGCCCGACCGACACAACGUACACGUAAAGGCAUUGAAAUGAUUCAUUCCACAUAUCAUCCUGUUUACAAAACUCUUACCUACUUCUUCUCCCAAACAAAAGUACAUCUUUUCAUUUUUCAAUAUUCCUGCAAGCCAUGGGGAACAUUUCUCAGUCUCCAUACCUUGCGAUCCCACGGCUAACUUCUGCUGCUGGGGUUUCCUUAGUCAACAAGCAAACUACAUCAGCAUGCUCGGAGAAAACCUUGAAGCUCUGGAUCGAUCUUUGCAAGAACUGACCGCUUUAAAGAAUGAUCUCGUGAGAAGGGUUGAGGUUGCCGAGCUUCAGACAUCCAUGAUGCGCUUGGACCAGGUACAACUGUGGAUUAAAAAGGCGGAAACUAUUGAGACACGAGUCAGAGAAGUUAAAAAUUGUGCAGAUCGAGAAAUUCAAAAAUCAUGUAGCAGAGUUUACUGCUCCAAGAACUACUUUCCCAGCUACAAGUUAGGAAAAAAAGUGUUUAAAAUGUUGGUGGAAGUGGAUUCCUUGAAAGGCAAGGGAAGCUUUGAAGAGGUGGCAACAGAAAGCUUACCGGUAGGUGUAGUCUAUGAAAUGCCUACUGAACCAACGGUGAGGAUGGAGUCGAUGUUUGAUCAGGUCUGGAGACAUGUUGAAGAUGAACAGGUGGGAACAAUCGGGUUAUAUGGAAUGGGAGGGGUGGGCAAGACCACCCUCCUUACCAAAAUCCAUAACAAGUUCGCCUUUAGUACUUCUUACCAUUUUGAUCUUGUGAUUUGGAUCGUGGUCUCAAAAGACCACAAACUUGAAAUCCUCCAAGAUAAGAUUGGUGAAAAGCUUGGGAUUCUUAAUGAAAAAUGGAAGCACAAAGAGCCGCAUGAAAAAGCUCAACACAUCUUCAAGUUCUUGAGUGAGAAGAAAUUUGUGCUAUUGUUGGAUGAUAUAUGGGAGCCGAUUGAAAUGACUAAAGUUGGGAUUCCUAAUCCAGCGAUUCCUAAUCCAGCUGAAAAUAAAAGUAAGAUAAUAUUCACAACUCGCUUGGAGCAUAUAUGUAGUUGUAUGGAUGCUCAAAUAAAGAUUAAAGUCAAGUGCCUAAUGCCGAACGAAGCAUGGACCUUAUUUCAGGAGAAGAUGGGCAAAGAAACUCUUCAAAGUCAUCCAGAUAUCCCCAAACUUGCGCAAGUAGUGGCAAAUGAGUGUGACUGUUUGCCACUUGCAUUGAUUACAGUUGGUCGAGCCAUGACGUGCAAUAAAACACCCCACGAAUGGAAUCAUGCAAUUCGGGUUCUAAAGCAAUCUGCCUCAGAGUUUUCCAUUAUGGGAGACAAGGUAUUUCCUCUUUUAAAAUUUAGUUACGAUAAUCUACCCAGGUAGACAAUCAAAUCAUGCUUCUUAUAUUGUGCUCUAUUUCCGGAAGAUUUCCUGAUAAGUAAAGAUGAUUUAUUAUA